ACACAUGUAUUAAUUUAAUAUAAAUAUAGGAAUUAUUCAUCAAUAAAUCAAUAAACGCCAUUUUGAUUCUGUUUGAUUUUUUUCCUCCUUUCCAAAUCCCAAAUAUCAAAAAAUGCCAAAAGAAUUUUUCACGGUCGGUGCACUUUUAUAUAAAGAUUACGAUUUAUUAGAUGUAAAUGGUUCACUUCGUAUGUUAGGUUCAUUGAAAGCAAAUUUUAAUAUUAUAACUAUUACUCAAACUGGAGAACAUGUAACAUCAUUUACUCCUCAAAUCGCCAAUUACAUUAAUUAUAAUUUUGAAAAUUGUCCCGACUUUGAUAUAUUAUUCAUCCCAGGUGGUGUUGGAACCAGAGAUGAAUUGGAAAAUAGUGUUUUUUUGGAUUUUAUUAAACAACGCGUACCAAAAGUAAAAUAUGUGUUAACAGUAUGUACUGGUAGUGGGUUACUUGCUAAAACUGGUUUAUUGGAUGGAAAAAAAGCUACGACUAAUAAACUAGUUUGGAAUUGGAUGACUUCUUUUGGACCCAAUGUUGAAUGGGUAAGAAAGGCUAGAUGGGUUGUAGAUGGGAAAUUUUAUACUUCUUCUGGAGUUUCUGCCGGUAUGGAUAUGGUACUUGGAUUUAUUUCUGACAUAUACGGAAAGGAAGAGGCCGAUAAAGUUGCUUUAGAAGCCGAAUAUCAAUGGCAUGAUGAUCCUCAUUGGGAUCCAUUUGCCGACAAACUCCCUGGAACAGUUGAUUUGUCUACUAUUCCUUCCUAAGUUUUUAAAUUUCUUGAGAAAUUUGACUUUUUUAUUUUAUUAUUUUUCUUUCUGUUUUAUGUUUAUUGAUUCAUUUAUCAAAAAAAGAAUAAUAAUCAAUAAAAAUUAUAUUAUUUUUUUAAGUAAGAAUAAAAUUGAAAUUAUGUUAA